UAUACAUGACAUUAUUAUUAGUUUACUUUCGUGAGAGUAUAAAUAGAUUUUUUUUUGUUUUGAAAAUCAAUGGAACAAUGAGUUCCAGAGAUUGUUUUUCAAAAGUCUUGCCCAACAUAAAAUUGGCAACACGCUUCGAUGCUGAUGGCAAAGAAGUUCAGGUGGAACAACGUGAAGACGAAGAGCAAAAUGUAAAACAACAAGAUAUAUUCGAUAUUCUAGUCGCGGCUGGUUAUUUUCGGGCGAGAAUCAAAGGAUUAUCUGCUUUCGAUAAAAUUGUGGGCGGAAUGACAUGGUGCAUCAGUGCAUGUGAUUAUGAUGUUGAUGUCGAUUUAUUAUUCCACGAAAAUCUCACCAUCGGUCAAAAAAUCACACUAACGGAGAAAAUCGUUGCUGCUUUACCGAAAAUGAAGUGCCCAUAUUUAAUAGAACCUCAUCAAAUCCAAGGAUUAGAUUUUAUUAAUAUUUUCCCUGUGAUACAGUGGCUUGUCAAGCGUUCGGUUGAAAAUCGAGCUGAAAAGGCGGCCAAAUUGAAUGCUUUUGCGGUGGGUCAAUUUCAUAAUUAUUUUUCAUUGAAAUCAGAACAAGAACAGAAGCAAAAGUUCUUGAAUGCAACGGAACGAGUAAAAGAAAUUCAAAACAUCUAUCGACCACAUCGAAAGUAUAAACGAAAAGAUGCCGGUUCGGAAGAUGAACAAACUCGUAUACGUAUCACAUUGCUUGAAUAUGGUAACAAAGGCAAAGACAUCUUACCGCAACAUCUCAAAACUGAUGGUGGUAUAAAGUCAACAUCAAAUGCCACUUCAAAGCCAAACAGCGACGACAAUACAGGAAUCGAUUCGAUUGAUGUUGAUCAGCUUUUAAAAACACUUUAUGUAGCCAAUGAGGAUCAUGCUAUUAUCCAAUUUAAUGAUGCUGAUAAAAAGAAUCUUCUUAAAAAUCUCGCCGAAUUGAAAAACGAAAUGUCGAUUGAUACAAAACAACUUUCCGAACAAAAUACAAUUAAAACAUUAUUAGCAACGAAAGCGAUUUUAGAUAAGAAAUUGCAACAAAUUCAAGAGGAUAAUCGAAAUCUGGAAACCGGUCUAAAGGAUGAAAAACAAAAUCUCAAUAAAGUUCGCAACGAAGUUGACAUAAUUCAAGAGGAAAUACGCCAUUUAGAUGCGAUUGAAAUUAAGGCCACCGACAAAAUGCAAUUGGUUCGCGGUAUGUUAGAAGAAAAAGAAGAGCUUCGUCAAAAAGAAAUUCAAUUCAAAGAUCAUUGUAAAAAGGAGUUGACUAGACUACAAAAGGAAUUACAUGAUGCUGAGCUUCCCACUCCGGAAGAGGACUUGCAUCAUAUGCAAGAUACAAUGGAAAAAGAAAAAGAACGCUUACAUUUAAUUCGACGGCAAUUGGCGAAGAAAAAUCGUGCCAUCGUAUCCAUAGAACGUAAAUUAGACAACAUUCCAGACCGAACUGAAUUGGCUCAAUAUCAGCGCAGAUUUAUCGAAUUAUACAGUCAAGUGAGUGCCAAACAUCGUGAAACGAAGCAGUACUUUACCUUAUAUAAUACUCUGAACGAUACAAAACAGUAUCUAACAAAGGAAUUGCAGUUGCUCAAUUCAAUUUUUGAAAACUAUGCUGAGGGGAUGUCAAACAUGCACGCCAAGGAACAAUUUGUUCUUCAACUGGAGCAAAUAGUAGACGGUGUUGGUCAAACAAAAUUAAAAAUAAAGAACAAACUCGAAAGCGAAAAAGCAAAACGAGACGAUUUAAAUGAAAAACUGAGUGCAUUGGUUGAACAACAACGAAAAUAUGCCGUUGUAUUGAAACAGUUUACAAAAGAUUGCGAACGAAAUGAGCACUUAGUAAAACAAUUGAAAGCGCUGCAGGCAGCGGCCAAAUUGAAAGAGAAUAAAUAAAUGUCUUUAAAGAAAUGUUAUAUAUAUAUAAAUCUGAAAUAAAAUCA